GUGUAGCGCCCUCAAGCGGGUUGUUGCGUCCAAUUCAACAUUUUUCGGGAGAAAGAGUUUCCCCGGUAAUAUUUCGACCAAAAUGUUCCAAAAAUCGAAGCCAAUUCACAUGAAAGGUACAGCCUCACUGCUGUACAACAAUUUGACGGUUCUAAGCAGUCCGGAAAAGAACAUGACGACGUAUGCUGUGGUGCACAAAUCCGUGAUUUGUAUGGCGAGCUGUGCCAGCGAUAAUAAUUCCAAUGUCAGCCACAAGCAAGUGACCUGCAGGGACCCGUCUCCGACGCCGCAGAGCACCAUGAUUCUGCAGGCUAAGUUUUGUCAAUUACCGUCUCGGACGUUGCUGGUGCUGUGCUACCAAAGGGGAAUACAGAUAUUUGAGGCGGACGGUUCUGCCCUUGUUUUCUGGCACGCGCUUGUCCACAUUGAUCCAAGCGUUGGAAUGGCAUUUGCAAGGGGAAUAGCGGCAGUUCAUGACAGUUACAUUGCAGUAGGUACGUCCACAGCUCAAAUUCUAGUCUUCAACAUCCGUCGUGGAACCAACGUGACUUUGUCGGAGUCCCUGACGGGCCAUCCAUACGCCAUCAGUGCAUUGGCUGGGGACGGUGCCAUCAUGGCCUCGGCCGACGACUCUGGGUGUAUCAUGGUGUGGCAAGCAGGUCAGAGCUUCAAGAGGGUCUGCCGAAUUAAUGGUGGCGGGGUGACUUGUUCCUCGGUGUGCUUGUACGACGGCUUAGUGAUCGGGGGUUUUGGGUCGGGUCACAUCAGGGUGUUUGAUGCCAUGAAGGGGACAAUAGUGUCAGAGAUCUGCGCCCACGCCAAGUGGAUCCACGCCAUUGACAUAGCACCCACUGCUGGCCUGCUGCUGUCAACAUCCGAGGAUACCUUCGUGAGGGUGUGGUCAAUCUCCAAAGAUGGCGACGUGACUCAGAUCCAACUGAUGUUCAGCGAAAGUGUGACCGACACCCAGCUGACGGGGGCUCAGUUCACCAGCAAGAGUGGGCGCGGCUUCACCCUGUCCGGCUACGACCUGAACGAAGUGGUCUGCUACAACCAGAAGGCGUGACGGACAGAUCGCUCCACAUCAUUGGCCAGCAAGUGCAGAGUGCAAGCUGGGGGGGACAGUGCAACAGUGGACCAAUG